UGUUGGACUCUCUGAAGCAGCUGUCAGAGCUCAGCACCAUCAGCAGGAACGUGGCUGUGCUCAAAUGUUCCCUGGAACGCAUCAUCAACAACAGCUCAGCAGCAGGUCCCUGCUGUCCUCCGAACUGGACUUCUUUUGGUUUGGACUGUUUUUACUUCAGCUCUGAGUUUCUGUCCUGGAACGAGUCCAGGAAGUGGUGCGAGCGAAAUGAGGGUCACCUGUUGAUCCUGAACACGGACCAGGAGUGGGACUUUGUGACCAAGCACACCAUUCCCAGGUUCUACUGGGUCGGCUUGUCUGACUGGAGGACCGGGAAGUGGGAGUGGAUCAACCAGACCCCAUACACAAUCCAGCGCAG